AUGGCACCCGAAUCAACACCCAAGAAGGAGAAGAAGGACAAGAAAAGAAAGUCGGACGCAGCCGAUCUCGCAGCUUCGAUCAAACCUCAAGCUGUCCCACCUGCCGAGGGGACCGCAAGUGCCGAAGCUGUAGCUAUGGAGGUGGACGGUGAGAAGGCGUUGAAGAAGCAAAAGAAGGAGAAGAAGGAGAAGAGGAAGAGUUUGGCUGCUGGGGAAGGAGAAGGAGAAGAGGAGGAUAAGAAGGCUGAGUUCUCAGUACCAUUAGACGCCAUCUCCCCAAUCGCCUCCCCAUUAGCACCCAAGAAGCUUUCCAAAAAGCUGUUCAAAGUUACCAAGAAAGCGUCAAAGGCCAGACAAUUGAAGAGGGGUGUCAAGGAAGUCGUCAAAGCUAUAAGAAAAGGUGAAAAAGGCUUAUUGUUAUUGGCAUCGAAUAUCACACCUGUGGAUGUCAUCUCGCAUUUACCUUUAUUGGCUGAGGAAGCUCAGGGGGUGGAAUACGUUUGGGUAUUGAGCAAAGAAGAACUCGGUCAAGCUGCUGGAACCAAACGAGCAACUUCAUGUGUACUUAUCAGCUCGACGCCCGCAAAGAAAACCACACCUAAGGAUGGAUCAGCACCUAAAGCAGGGCCUUCAGCAGAGGAUCUCGCUGAACUCAAAUCAAGCUUGGAGGAGGUUACCGAGGAAGUGAAGAAACUUGAAAGUUCUGCUGGUAUCAAGUACUAA